ACUCUCUCUGCUGGCCUUCCCCACAGUGCUGCUGCUGCUGCUAUGGCCGACUCGCCCCUCAACAACUCCUGGCCCUCCUUCUCCAAGUUCUGGAUGAAGAGAUGGUCUUUCAAGAGAGCCUCAGAGUGCAAACCCUAUCGUCAGUCCUGUGGACAACAAAUUGUCCAGUCCAACGUUGGACCUCCUUCCACAACAGUGACAGGGUCCUCAUCCUCUCUGUCGCCCGAGUCCAUCCCAGAAGAUGUCUUUUUUCCCGCUGAGGUCAAAGAACAGGAUGCGUGUUCAGAGGUCAGCGACUACGACUGUCCCUUGGUGGAGGUGAGCAGCAGUGUGGAGGACGUGCAGGUUCUCUGCUCCUCCCUCAGAGACUCCCAGUUCCUCAAAGACCUGGAGGGACACUUUCCCGCCUCUCAGUCAGCUGAAACCAUCACCAAGCAAAACAGUACCAUCAUCACGCUGCCACUGACCACGCCCCCUCACUUUACCCAGACUCCACCAGCCCAGCCACCCUCCCACCUGGAACCCAGAGAAAAAGCGGUGGACAGCUUGGUGGUCACUCAGCUUCAUCCUACAGUCUUGCCCAGCUAUAUUCUUGACAGCCAUGAACCCUCCGGUCCAGGAGUGGGGCUUAGUUUGACUAUAAAUCUCAAAGGACUUUUGGGCUCAGUUGUAGCAGCUCAAGAAAUAAACGGAUCAGGAGGGGAAAAGGGGCAAACAGCGAUGGAGGACGAUGGAGAACCAGAGCUGGACAGCUUCCCUAUUUUUGUCAGGUCCAUGUCGACUUCUCGGAGACACAGCUGGGGGGUCCCGGUGUCCCCGAUUAUGCCAGGGAGGAGGCUGAGUUUGGACACCACAGCAAUAGACAGUGAUGGUGAGCGAGAGGAGAAAGAGGAAAGGCUGAACAGUCUCUUCCAGUCCAGCCACACGCUGACCUGCAGCAGCACGGUGACUCCAGGGAGGGAGAGAGAAGGGCCUGAAGGACGGGCCUCAUGUCCCAGAGGCGCCGUCAGCACUGUGGCUGCUGGUUCUCCAGGCAAGCAUCUGUACUCACGCUCCGAGAUCCUCGCCACAGACCCGAGCUCACGUGCCGCGCACGUCUCUCGUGUGCUUCAGACGUCCAAACAAGCAGCAAGAGCAGCAGGAGCAGACGAGUUUGACCCGGAAGAAAACCUGCAUUCCAGCGACGGGCAGAGCCACAUGCUGAUGGUACAGAAAGUUCUCCAGGAGCUAAGGCUGUACCACGGAGCAAAGCAGAGGAACAACAGAUCAAGUGACAAGGAUUUGGGAAAUGUCACAUGGUACGAGUUCCUCUCUCAUGAGAACGAGGAAGAGGACGAUCGAGCUGAGAAGGUGGAGAAAGGCACCAAGGUGAAGAGAACUCUCAGUUCGCUGAGGAACAGGGUGACGGGAUCCUUCAACAAAGAUAAGGGUAAGAACAGAGACAAGGAGCAGCAAAGGGAGAGAGAGAGGGAAGCCAAAGAGAAGGGAAGCAGACGUAGUAACGGUCAUGAGUUGGUGCCUGGCUCGUUCUCCAGCUGCGCUACCUGCUCCCUGUGUUGCAAGACGCUGCAGCAAAAGCAUGGCCUGCAGUGCAUGAACUGUGCUGUGAAUGUUCACAAGAGCUGCAAAUCUCUGCUGGGGGAGUGUACGAGCACCAAGAACAAGAAAGAUUCUCAACCAAGAUUAGGCCCAUCUGGUUCUCCAAACCUUGCGCUCAAGGACCGAGGCAGAGAGCGCGAGCAGUCAGGCACAACCUCAUCACAGAAUCUGAAUGGCUACCAAGUUUUUCUCAGUGCCCCAGGCAUGACCAUUAGUCAGCGGGGACAGAGCACUCAGCCAACUGCAGCCUUGACCGCCACAGCGUCCCCUUCCUCCAGCACCGGCCACAGUCUCCCGCACCGUUGCAGCUCAGGAUCUCUCCACGGAGAGAUGGACGAGACUGAUCUCCUUCGCUCCAAACGCUGCAAUGAAGACACCAUUUCACUUGCACCCUCCACCACUGAGUCCAUCACAGUGGAAGAUACUCACAUUGCAGGUGUUCGACUUGAUUUGGAAUCCGAUGCCCAGGACCUAGAGGCUGAAUCUUGGAGUCUGGCAGUGGACCAGCAGUAUGUUAAGACACACUCGAAAGAAGCAGUGAAGAGGCAGGAUGUUAUAUACGAGCUGAUGCAGACGGAGAUGCACCAUGUACGGACACUGAAGACAAUGCUGCACGUUUACAUCCGGGAGCUGAAAGAGAACCUCCAGAUGGACUCAGUCAGACUGGACUGUCUGUUUCCUCGCUUGGAAAACCUCUUAGAGCUGCACACACAUUUCCUGUCCCGUCUCAAAGAGCGCCGACGGGAAUGCCUUGUUUCAGCCACCGACAAGAAUUAUGUGAUCAAAAGAGUCGCAGAUGUCAUUAUCACACAGUUCUCAGGGGAAGUCGGUGAGAUGAUGAAGGAAAACUAUGGAGAGUUUUGCAGUCGUCACUCUGAGGCUGUCAGCUACUACAAAGACCAGAUGCAAAAUAACAAAAGAUUUCAUAAUGUCAUCAGGAGACUCAACAACCUCUCCAUUGUUCGGCGGUUAGGAGUCACUGAGUGUAUCCUUCUGGUGACGCAGCGCAUCACCAAGUACCCGGUGCUAGUGGAGCGCAUUCUGCACAACACUGAAGCUGGCACUGAGGAACACGAGGAGUUGACUAGAGCUCUGGGUCUGAUCAAAGACACCAUUAUGCAGGUGGACGCGCUGGUCCAUCUGCACGAGAAGAGCUGCCGACUACGAGACAUACACAACAAGAUGGAGCCCAAGGCGUUAGGAAAAAUGAAGGAUGGACGAGUGUUUCGCAGGGAGGACAUGGUGCAGGGCAGACGGCAGUUCCUGCAUGAAGGCACCGUCACCUGGAAAGCUGCUUCGGGGAGGCUCAAAGAUAUUCUUGCAGUGCUUCUCUCAGACGUGUUGCUCCUACUACAAGAAAAAGAUCAGCGAUAUGUGUUUGCCACAGUGGACAACAAGCCCUCGGUGAUCUCCCUUCAGAAACUGAUUGUCAGGGAAGUGGCUCAUGAGGAGAAAGGCAUGUUCCUCAUCUGUGCCUCCUCCAGUGAGCCAGAGAUGUACAAGAUUCAUACAACCUCAAAGGAAGAGAGAAACACUUGGAUGACGCACAUAAGACAAGCAGUUGAGAGUUGUCCACAUACUGAAGAGAGACUGUUCAGUGAAGAGGAAGAAGCGAGGGUAUCCCGAUUGAAAGAAUUUCAAGAACGGCUCUGUCAGAAAGACGCUGUGAUCACCCAGGCUCUGGCAGAGAAGCUCCAGCUGUUCGCAGACAUGGCUGGCGAAUGUGUUUCAGGUCUGGAGGAUAUAACCUCUAAAUCAAGACUGUUGUUGCGUGGAGAUGCCUCGGAUCUCCAGCAGGGGGAGACCUUACUCAAGGGAGCCAUCACUGAAGUGGAGAACCUGCAAAACCUGCUGCAGUCUGGUGCCAGAGAGGAGUCUCCGGUUUCCAUGUUGGAAGAGGGGAAUGGGUCCAGUGCAGUGCCCCGAAGAGCGGACACUUUUGGUGAUUUCGACAAUAUCACCACCAUCCUUGAAAAGAACUGCAGUGGGAAGAACAAUGUUCCGGGUGAGCCUCUGAACAGAGACGGAUGCCAGCGAACCAAUUCUGACCCUCAUCUGAAAGAACUCCCCGGCAGCAACAUGCUGGAACAGAUGGUGGAUGAAAGCUGCGCCUCUCCUGACAGAUGGAACCGCAUCUGGUCCAACUUGUUCCCUGAAGCUGAGUUCUUUGACAGAGUGUUGAUGCUCUCCCAGAGACUGUAUAGUUUGCAGGCAAUCGUUUCACAGCAGGACAGUCAGAUUGAGCUUCAGCGGGUGACGCUGACGGAUCGAGCCUCCCUUCCUGGACGCCACAGAGGCAAUGUGCUCCUGGAGCAGGAGAAGCAGCGAACCUUGGCGCUGCAGAGAGAGGAGCUGGCCAGCUUCCACAAGCUCCAGUCCCAGCAUCGCCAGGAGCAGCAGCGGUGGGAGAAGGAGAGGGAGCGGCACCGGCAACAGGUGGAUGCUACAGAGUUGAGACUCAAACAGCGAGAGGAAGAGUGCCGGAAGCUGGAGGAACGUCUGGCCGAGGAGAGAGAGGAACUAGAGAGACAGAGGGAAACCUACCAGCAGGACCUGGAGAGACUGCGAGAGUCCACCCGAGCUGUGGAAAAGGAGAAAGAGCGACUUGAGUACCAAAAGAAGAUCAAAAGGAAAACAAUUGAGGUGGCUCCGAUGUCUGGAAGUUUAAACGGAGAACUGCUCUGCUCAUCGGGGGUCACCAGCUCUGCCACAUCAGACGUCCCCCACAAGCCCCUUGUGCGCAGCAGCUUGUCUGUAGCACCGGCCGACUACGCAGAGCGCCCCGAGGUGACGGUGAGGCGAGACACGGGGUCUUCCACGCUGUCGUCCAAGACCGAGGUGCCGCUUCACCUCUUCAGCACCACCAACCAGCAGCACAAACUGGUCGGGGUGCAGCAGCAGAUCCCCACCAAACUGGCAGCCUUCAGCAGCAAAGGGAAGACGGGCAAAAGCGGCAAAGCUUCUCACCGAACUGACAGCACAGCGUCCGUGGACAUGAAGCAGCUUUUACCUCUGAAGCUGUCGGCCAGAGAUGAGGUGAACCAGAAAGCCAAACGCUCCAUCAGCCCCCACCAGCAGCCCCCGCUGUCCACCCUGCCUCCCUCUCUCCAUCACCUAGCAGAUCCGCUGAGUCCUCCAGAGCCGGUCGCAGCAGAGUCCCAGUUCGGCUCCUCCCUUCAGACAAACACACAGAAGCCCUGUGGUCCCCCCGCCCAGUCCCAUCCAACCCCCGCUGUCCCACUGCCGCCCCAUGGCACCAGCCCGCCGCCGCAGGUCCCAAACCCCUUUGUGCACCUGAACGUGCACAGCUUGACACCGCCGUACAAGAUGGACCCCGAUGACCUCAACAAGGAGGAUGUCAUCUUCUUCUAACCAACUUUCAACUUUCAUUAGGGACAGCUUGAAUGCUAGGAUCUACAGAGAACCACCGCAGGAACCACCCAAAGAUGUCGGCUGGGACGAAGGAGAAAGUCGGACCAGAACCUUCUGGACCGACUUUCUGGUUAGUGAUGCAACAGAAGACUGUUCUGUUUCCUGAAAAAGUCUUAACUCGUGAAAACUCUCGCUGUUUCAUUUGCACACUGUAAAUUUACCGUCAGGUGGAUGAAUUAUUUGCCAAGCGCUGAAUUUGUGGUGAUGAUUUCAGGGCAGAAACAACCCUGGACCCAGGAGCAGCGAGGUUGGCUGUGGGGACAGUUGAUUAAAUUCAGAAACUUGACAGAAGAUGUGGAGUUACAGUUUCAGUCGGUCACUUUUCCUCCUGUGUCAAGUCGUGCGAUAAAAAGGAUCUUUGGUGAUGCACCAAGAAGAAUUAACCAAAUGGUUUUCGGGAGUUCGACCACAGCAUCAACUGUGAUUUGCUUUCAAAGUGCUGGGACUGUGUUUUAUUUAUUCCUGAUGAUGUCUCGAACCCUGGUGCUGACUGAAAAAGGUGCGUCUAUUUCCGUGUCAGAGGAAGAGUCGCCGUCUGAACCCGUGUGUCGUGUGUAUAAUAUGUAGAUUAUGUACAUAUUGUUUCAUCUCCUCGUGUUGUUUCACACGUUCAGCGCACGAGCUGCUGUUUUGUCUGAAGACGCACGCACGCACACACACUCACACACAGAAGAGUGUGUACCUGUGGUCCAACCUCACUGGCAGUUGUGACGGUUGUGUUUAUAAAGCGUGUGGGACUGGCUGUGUUCUCGGCGAAGCUGCGAGCUCUGUGUGUCUUUGCAUUCCUGUUGUGUGUUUGGGAGGUCGUGGGAGUGCUAAAAAUAGAAGCCAGUUUCCCAAUUUGUGUUUGAACCGGGCCUUGGCAGAGGUCUAGACCCACUGUACGGCUGAUGUGAGGCGGUAGGUGAUGAACUUAGUUGCUCAUUUGGAUCUAACUAUCCAGUAAAUAAAGAAGCUGUGGGUGAGCUAAUCUGGGUUCCUUAAUCUGAAGCACAAAAACAAGGUUAAUUCUGCUUCAAUUAACCUGAUUAAGAGAUUUAUUUUUUGUUGAAGUUACAAAUACUAAUCCCCACCAUGGCUUGCUGUUGUGCACGCGUGUAAUCACCUCCAGGACUGAAGCAUUAGAGGAUCUUGAUUAAAACUGGAAACAAGAUCAAGUUGUUAAAGAAGAAGCUGCAUCAGGUCUGGAGUGGUGAUCCGCUUCAUGCUGCUUCUGUUAAGAGUCACCCAAAAUAUGGUGGGGAUGUUGUUCACUUGGAAGCCAAGCAAACUCUUCACUAGUGGUUUGCUGUUUGUCAUGGUGCAGGUCAGGACCCAGUGAUCCUUCAGUCCCUUCAGUAGUGCUCGACAGGGAAAGGACCAUCUGGGGGAGUGAGUGGCAUCGUUCUCAGCGAGCGACUCCCGACACCGUGUCUGAUCUCAGGUUUGACGUGAAAAAGGCCCACACAGUGACAGACUCUCUCUGAAAUCUGGACGGAGUCCUCGCCAGGCAGGGGUGUCUCCUGUAAACAGACAGGUUGGUCGUGACCGCACUGUAAAUGUGAGGCCGGUUUCCUGCUCUGGAGGUCUGGCUUAACCUUCUCCACAACCACAGGCUGCAUCACCUCUGCCAAGGUCCUCAGAAAGUCAGCAAAUACUCGGACCCACCAGCAAGUGUGAGGGUCCAGCCCUGCGAAAAACGGGAUUUAUCCCUGUAAUGAUUUACAGCUUCAGUGUGAUGCCACUUGUUUGACGAGGUACAACUCAUAAGUCUUAUGAAACAUGAUCUUAAAUAUACUCAUCAAGCGUGAUGAUAACUUAUUUUCUAAAAUGUCGGAAAGAAGCACACAAAGUUGGACCACGAAACAUUCCUCAGCACUUUAGUUUCCACGCUUUUUGGGUGCCAACCACAGGCAGAUUAAAAAAAACAAAAAAAAACUUCUGACUAAAAAUAAUGUCUAGAUCUCUAUUGCUGCAAAAUCUUCAAACUAGCAACCUUAAAAGAUAAUGCAGAAUAAUAGAUCUUACAAUAGUUCAAAUAAAUAUUUUAUUUCUCAGAAUGUUAUACUUUUAAUUGUUCAGGUGCUAGAUUUUAUUGAAUCUGCCAAGUCUGGUCAUUUGCAGACGAUCCCUUAGAUAUCAAGCCAAUAUUGAAUCUUACAGACAAGAGAAGCAUUUUUGCUCAUUCCCCGCAGCCUUUCUUGAUUUUUUUUUUUUUUUUUUUUUGACUGAAAGUUUGAAAAAUUUGUUCAAUCUAUCGCCUCUUGUGUGUCAA